AAAUUACAUUUCCAAAAGCGCCUUUGUUUGGCUCGAUUAUUCUCCUACAAUUCCCACACAGGGCCAUUGUAAAUUGGGUUAUGCACAUUUUCUGGAGAGGGUGUCCUUGCUGUGGACCUGAAUAACUGAUUUCAAAGCAGACGUUAUGGCACAGGAGAUAUGCGUUUUUCUCUUUUCCCUGACGGCUCUUGGUGUCCUUUACACUAUGAACAAUGUUCCAGCAUUUCAAGAGCCAGUGGUUAUUCUUGAAAUCGGGGUGGCUGUUCUUGUGGCCGUGUUCUUCAUGGUCUACCUUGCUACUCGCUACAAUCCCCCUAAAGAUCCGUUGUUCUAUGUUUUUGCAGAGUUUUCCUUCACGUGUGUCAUUGACCUCACGAGCGCUCUAGAAUACGAUGGCUUCGCAUCAGGAUUCAUGGAGUUCUACCAGAAAACGGGGGAGCCGUAUCUUGGUACACCCUAUGCUAUCAUGAUGUGCUAUUGGGAUGGUAUAGUGCACUUCAUCAUCUACCUGAUACUGGUACACCGCAUGUCAAACAGGCAACAAUAUCGCACUUUGGGCCUUUUUUGGGCUGGAUCACUGUGCGGCAACAUGAUUGUGUUUGUACCUGGAAUCGUAGUUGGUAAAUAUGGCUCAGAGAUCCGCCCUGCCUUCUGGCUCAACAUGCCUUUUCUGUUGGUGCCCAUAUGGGGAGCAGUGUCCCUGUUCUCCAGGCCAAGGGAUAUGCCUCUUGUGGGUGCAUCUAAGGCUGAACGUGAGCAGAAAAAAGCCUUAAUAUGGCGUCCCCUGGACCUGCUCUUUGUUGUUUAUCUAGUGGCUGCCAUGGGAUUCACUGUCUUUAGAGGACUGGCAGUUCUUGAUUGCCCGUUGGAAAUCCUCAACAGAUAUGUCACAGAAUAUGAACCUUAUCUGAAGGAUCCCGUGGGCUUCCCCAAAGUUAUGAUGUUGCUGCUCCUCUUCCAUGCGCUCCCGAUGCUAGCUUCAUUUGCAUAUGGGCUGUGCACACCUGGCUGCACUUGGAUGCUCGAUUGGACGGUGUAUUUAGCAGGUGCCAUUUUACAGAAGGGGACCAUCAAACAGAGCCACGAUCAAAGGCCUGGUCUGAACAAGCUCAUCCAGCAUUGCUUUAACUCCCAGUAUGAGGUCUGAGCAGUCAGCAUUCCUAAUCAAAGAGCUCCAGAAUGGGACUCAAGGAGUUUCACUGUAGAUCUCCAGCUCUACAUACUAAUGAACUGAGAGGAUGUCAUUGCCGUCUGUUCAUCUACCCAUAGGCAGAAACUUCUACAAAUACAUGGCAAGGUCCUUUAAUUCACAUCAUUAAACUUUACAAAAGUGCAAUAUAAAACUAGAUUCUAGCAUUUUAAAAGUGGUGUUUGGCUGUUCAGAACAUUGCAGCCAACAAUGCUAGAAUGUGCUGGAUCUGGCAGCCAACAAUGCUAGGAUGUGCUGGACAUUGUUAAUAAGCCCAAAUAGGGCUUAUUAACAACGUCCCCUAUAUUAAAAUAGUUUGGCAAAAGCAUUUUUUGCAUUGUCUUAGUUUGGCAG